GCCGGGAGGGCGGCGGGGCGGGCGGCGGGCGCACAACAGCACUCACCGGGCGGCGGCGCGGCACGGCUCGGCGCGGCUCCGGCUCCGGCUGCGGGAGGCUCGGUGCAGCCGUGUCCCGUAAUUCCCCCCCCCCUUCCCGGUCCCCCCAAAGGAUGGCCGCCCCCGAGACCGGCAGCACAGGCGGUGUGAUCAGCUACGUGGGCUCCAGCGGCACCUCGCCCAACCGCACCAGCCCUGUCUCGCUCUGCAGCGACAGCUCCAACAGCAGCUCCCAGUCCGGCUCCCAGCCCUUCCCCACCUACUUUCCUCCGUCGCCCACCGGCUCCCUUCAGGAUUCCCGCGCCUAUGGCGGGGGCUCGCUGGUCCCCCAUGAGGAUGGCUCCCCUUCAUCCUCCUCCUCUUCCUCCUCCGCCUCAUCGUACGGCUCCUCGGUGAACUUCCCUGGAGUGCAGCAGGUCCCCGUGGAUGAGCGGCGCCGCAGCUCUCCCAGCAAAGCUGGCAGCACUGUCACCAAGCUGAACGGGAUGGUGCUGCUCUGCAAGGUCUGCGGGGACGUCGCCUCUGGCUUCCACUACGGCGUCCACGCGUGCGAGGGCUGCAAGGGCUUCUUCCGCCGCAGCAUCCAGCAGAACAUUCAGUACAAGAAGUGCCUCAAGAACGAGAACUGCUCCAUCGUCCGCAUCAACCGCAACCGCUGCCAGCAGUGCCGCUUCAAGAAGUGCCUGCUGGUUGGCAUGUCCCGCGACGCGGUGCGCUUCGGGCGCAUCCCCAAGCGGGAGAAGCAGCGAAUGCUGGCGGAGAUGCAGAGCGCCAUGAGCAUGGGCAGCGUCCCACCGGCCAUGCCCAGCCCCGGCGAGGGUCCAGCACCGGGCGGCGUCCGCGCACCGCCACCGCCCCCCGGCCCUCCACCGCUCGCCCCCGCCGCCUGCUUCUCCCAGUUCCCGCAGCAGCUGACACCCCCCCGCUCGCCCAGCCCCGGGGGGGCCACCGAGGACGUCAUCGCGCAGGUGGCCAAGGCACACAAGGAGAUCUUCGUCUACGCGCACGACAAGCUGGGACCCCCCCCCCCGCCCUGCGACAGCGGCGGCCUCAUGCGCUGGGAUGCGCCCCCCGCCUGGACCCCCGGUCCCCCUGAACCCCGACUCUGCCCCCCCGCCUACCCGGAGCCCCCGAUGCGGGGCUGCCCCUGGCCCCGUAGCACCAAGGACGUCCUGCCGGCCUGCCCCAUGAACAGCCACUUGCCCGGCCGCAGCGGGCGCUCGGUGCAGGAGAUCUGGGAGGAUUUCUCCCUCAGCUUCACCCCUGCCGUCCGAGAGGUCGUCGAGUUCGCCAAGCACAUUCCCGGCUUCCAGGCCCUCUCUCAGCACGAUCAGGUCACCCUGCUCAAGGCUGGCACCUUCGAGGUGCUGAUGGUUCGCUUCGCCUCGCUCUUCGACGUGAAGGAGCAGACGGUGACCUUCAUGAGCAGGACGAAGUACAGCCUGGAGGAGCUGUGGGGCAUGGGCAUGGGCGACCUGCUCAGCUCCAUGUUCGAGUUCAGCGAGAAGCUCAGCGCCCUGGAGCUCAGCGACGAGGAGCUGGGGCUCUUCACCGCCGUGGUGCUGGUCUCGGCAGACCGCUCGGGGAUGGAGGACACUGCGUCGGUGGAGCAGCUGCAGGAGACCCUGAUCCGUGCCCUGCGGGCGCUGGUGCUCAAGACGCACCCGGCCGAGACCUCCAGGUUCACCAAGCUGCUGCUGAAGCUGCCAGACCUGCGCACCCUCAACAACCUCCACUCCGAGAAGCUGCUCUCUUUCCGCAUCGACGCCCAGUAGGGCCCCCCCCCCCCCCGCCCCCGUCCUCCUCCGGACCCUUCCCCGACCCCCCAAGGCACACCCCUGGACCCCCUCCCCCCAACCGCACCUCACCCGCUGCCACCCCUGUACAUAGCACCGCGGGCGGGGAGGGGGACACACACACAACCCCCCCCCCCACCCCCCUUUCUUUCCCAUGCCCAACUCAAACCCAAGGGACAGCACGAACCCCACGGUGCCCACCGGAGAGAAUAAGACAGGGGGACUGAGCCCCCGGAGGUGGGCACUGACCUGCCAGGACCUCCCUUCUCAAGGCAGUGGCCAGCCCCAUGGCCCCACGACGGGGAGGCGUGUACGGAAAAGGGGGGGGGGGGGGGUGUGUGCUUAGGGUGGGGGUGGGGGGGACGUGUUCCCCCUGCCCUGUGGCCACUCCUCCUCUUCCUCCAACUCUGGCAGCCAGCAGUGGAAAGCAAGAAGCCGGAUCCAAGCCCAGCUGGGGCAGGGAGGAGUGUGUGUGUGUGUGUGUGUGUGUGAUAGAUGAUGGAUUUUUGGG